AUGGACGAAUUACGAGGAUCUACUAUCCAGAUUAUACUGCACGUCAAAGAGGCUCUCGGGUUCGGCUUUUUGCGGUCACCUUUUAUUGUAAGUGGAUCCCUAAAUGGCUAUAUGCUGGAGACUGAUCCUGCUGUGCCUUCCCAUGCGCCUAUAUUUGAUGCUGAACUAGUGUGGGAAGCGGAUAAAAGAAGAUUUCGCAGUUUAAGAGUGCAGAAUGUUCCAGUAAAAGUUGAGGUCUAUACAACCGGUUCUCAAGGCAGAAAGGAUAAAGUUGGCUAUCUGUUGCUUAGCCUGCUGGGAGCUCAGCCCUGUCCUGCAAAUAAAUUUGUUGAUGUAAAACAUACCUGGCACAAAUUAUUGGGUGUCAAGUCUGAAGGGAAAUGCUGUCAUCCUCAGCUACUUAUGAGCCUGACUAUAGAAGAUCGAGUCAGUACACCGACACCUAGAAAUGAACUGAGGAUGUUUCAUAGUAAUGAAGUGGCAUAUCCUUCAAGAAGAACUGAAAAAAUUCCUCCCACUGCCAAAUCUGUGUUGCUAAAAGUUGAGGAAUACAUCGCAGAGAGUAAGAAAGCAGUGUCUUCUGUUGACUUGCAGCCGAAGUUAAUCUGUGAUGAAGGUCUUAUACAGAUUGGUGAUGGCGAUCACAUGUUUCUACUUAGCCUAGUUAUAGGUUCCGUGGAAAACUUGGACUUAUUGCUGCCGUAUACAUUGAAGGAGACUGCUUUCUUUUAUGUCACCUAUACAGUCUUCACUCAUAACAUCAUGACUGAUCGAGUAAGCGCAAUAACAAGCGGUAAUAUAAGCCGUGUGCACUUCAAUCAAAGGACUUCGUUGCGCCUGCGCAGUGAUCUCUCAGCGCUGGGUAGAUAUUUCUCAGAAUGCCCGCAUCUCGUCACUAAAGUAUGUCUCGGCGAGAAGGAUAUUGGCAUUUGCAGCAUGGAUCUCCGCAAGUUGAUUCCAACAGAUGACAUAGGUCUUUUUCUAACAAACUUCUGUAAUAACGAUAAAUCUCUCACGAUCAACGAGAGGUGUUUCAUACUUUGUUGUGAUGAUGUCGCUAAAGAUGGGUCUAGGCGACCAUAUAUGGAUGUCGAACUGAGUCUCAAAUAUCAAGGGGUCAACCAAAAUGUACAGAAACCAUUACUAACAGCCCGAAGUGCGACCCAGUUGAAAAUGAAAGAUAACGAAAAAGUUCUAGUGGCGACUGAAGAGAUUUUGACCAUGGGCAGAGUUGGUAGCUGUACAGAUUUGCAAGUGGGGGGAGUUGGUGCCGCUUAUAGUGGCAUUGCGCCAUCUAACACUGCAAGAUAUACAAACGCAGCCGGUGAUGCCAUGCUGCCAACCAACGAAAUAGCGGAUUUGAUAAAGAAGAUGUGUAAUUCCUUCGCUACUAGCCAAGAGAAACUUUUGGCUACUAAACUGCGACCAACCACAAGUGAUAUGCAGGUGCAAUGCGAAGUGGAUACUGAAUAUUUACAUAAGGAGGAAGAUGUACUUGAUGGUCGGACUGAAGAUGGAAAUGCGUGUAAAACAGAGCCAACUAAACCAGAAACCUGUGUUACUAAUAGUACUAAAGAACCAGUAAAUAUGUUAUCGCCUAUGGAACGAGACACCAUAAUGCAAAAAUUUGUUAAUGAGUUAGAAGACUGGAAGGAGAAACAACAGGAACUCUUUAAAAUACAAUUAAAACGGAAAGAAGACUAUCACCUUGAAGUACUAGCCAAGGAGUGGGCAAAAAGAAGAGUGGAGCUAGAAACCAAACUGAGCCGAGGUAUAGAUCAGUGUCGCCAUCUUGCGGCUGAUUUGAGCAGAGCCACUGAAGAUUUUUCCUUACGCGGUCAUCGAAAUACGCAAAGGGAAAAAAAGUUGUUAGAAGCCAAGAAAGCUCUAGAAGCACAUUAUACUGCAAAGUACCAGGAAUUAAGAGAGGCGUCCCAAAAAAUGGAGGAUGACAUGAAUCACCAACUGAAAUUAAAAGACAUGACUAUAGAAGAACUUCAGCUUAAGAUACAUCAUUUGGAAAAGAGCGUUGAAAGUUUGAAGAUUGCUAUGAAGAACGUUGAAAAAGAAGCAGAGAGUCGAUACUCGGGGUUAACUAAAGAUCAAACUGCGAGUCUCAUACAAGAAUUGCGGUGCCUAGAAGAGAAGUUAGAGAGUACGGCGCAAUCGAAGGCGUUUUUCAAGGAGCAAUGGGGUCGUGCAGUCCGCGAGCUUCAUCUAGUCAAGCUAUCAACUCGUAGACAGAUGCUGGCGCAUUUACGAAGUGAAAGGCGAAAACUGGAAGGUGCUGGUCUUGAUCCGAUAGAAGACCAAGAAGAAAGUUUAGCUGAUAACCGAAAUGAGGAUGCAGAUCUAAAGAAGUUUAAAGAUGAUUUAUACAUAGAUAUCCUCGGUCAUUCACCAGCAAUUGAAACGCGAUCGCUUCUAAGUACAUCUGGUUUGGAUGGCUUAGAAGUGUAUGAUGACUACCUCAAAGCACCGAUCAGCUCUGUUAACUCUAAACUGAACGAGCUAAUGUCUCAGCGGGAACAGCUUGUGCAACGUGAUGAGCCGGACGAGACACAACUAAGACAACUCAACAUUGAAAUAAAGAAUAUGCUUGUUAACUGUGCUAAUUGA